AUGCGUCGGCAACUGGAUGGCUUUGCCAGCCCAUGCAUUUCGGAUCGCGAAUAUGUAAAGCUUCAGUACGGCCGUAAAAUAGCCCAGGAUACGUGUCUUUUAGCAAGUGUUAAAACUCCGGAUUGGUCACAGGCUUCUCCUGCUUUCAUUGGUAAACACAAUAUCGUACCCUGCACCGUGACGACUAAUUCCGGAAAUUCAUCGCUGAAGAUGUAUCCUUACUCUGUGUACUCAUGCGCUUGCCAGUCUGAUCCUAAUCGGUGUCAUAAGUACCGACCAAACUACUUGAGGCAUCGCUGUCUUUCGGGUCCAACUGUUGCUAUGCUUCUCCCAACUGCGGCUCACGAGUCUGCGGCUUUCUCGCGCACUGCUGGCCAGUCCUCGGUCUUUGAAAACUGUGGUCGUGUGGUGACGAAUCAUUCUAUCCCCCUGUCUCAUAUAUUAAUUUCACAUCCUCCAGGAUCUAAAGUAACAUCAAACGUAUCGCACUUGAGUAUGUGCCAUUCACCAUUCUCUCAUCCUUCAACGAAUCCCUUUGAUCCACAUCAUUUGUUUAAUACUGACUUCCCCUCGGCUCACGUAUCACGUUUCACUUUUAGCUAG